AUGGAGAACUCCACAGAGAUGAAGGAUACCCUACAGAUCAUGCUGCAUGCCUUUCUUAGAAUGAAGGAAGUGGGAAAGAAACCAAACUGUCAGUUUGUUCACCAGAAUGUGGGGGACGUGUCUGCUCAUGAUAACAAUGCAAGAGACAGGAAUAAGCUUCUACAACGGCUGAAUGAGAUGACACAGGCAGCUGCCAGGAUGGAAAAGAGAGGAGAUAAUAGAAAAUUCACUGAUAUAAUGGAGUAUGAUGCAAAGAAAAAUAAUGGGUACAUCCCAGGCCUGUGGCAUGGUAACCCUCCAAUGGCUCCAGUGAACACCGGCUACAGUGAGACUGUGUAUCAGUUCAAGAAGAGCUUGAUUGAGGUUUGUCGACAGAACAAAGACCCCACCCCUUGUCUCAAACCUCCCCUCCUGGAUAAUAACAAUAUACAGCUAAAAGCUGUUAAAUAUGAGAACUUCAUCUUCAGCUUCAGAAAUAGUCUUGUGGCUGAGGCUUACAGAACCUCGGAUAUCUCCUCAGAGAAGAGCGUGCCAGAACCUUCUACUCCAGGAGAGAUAAAGAUAGACUCAGUGGGAAGCAACUCUGUCUCUCUGAGCUGGGGCAGUCCUGCCAGUAUGGACGAGAUCCCUCACAGUUUUAAAGUUACCUCUUCAAGCUUUGUAGAGGACAACAUUCUUUCCAUCACUGCACCCUCCAAUUCUACUGUCAUGUCUGAGCUGAGACCUGGGAGAGAGUACAGCUUCACAGUCACCACAGUGCUGGAGAAUGGGACCCAGAGCACGCCUGUUUCAACAUCUGCCUGUACAAGUCUCAAAUCUCCAGAGUUGGCACAACUAGAAGACAGCUAUGAACAUGACAAUGAGCUUGCAACACUGGUCGUUGGAUUGAGUGAUGUCACCAUAAUAAACAUUGCAAUGGAGAACUCCACAGAGAUGAAAGAUACCCUACAGAUCAUGCUGCAUGCCUUUCUUAGAAUGAAGGAAGUGGGAAAGAAACCAAACUGUCAGUUUGUGCACCAGAAUGUGGGGGACGUGUCUGCUCAUGACAAAAACAUGCGGGAGAGGAAAAUGCUUUUAGAACAGCUGAAUGAGAUGACACAGGCAGCUUCCAGAAUGGAGAAGGGACCCAACAGAAAAUUCACUGAUAUAAUGGAGUAUGAUGCAGAGAACAAUAACUGGUACAUCCCGGACCUGUGGCAUGGUAACCCUCCAAUGGCACCAGUGAACACCGGCUACAGUGAGACUGUGUAUGAGUUCAAGAAGAGCUUGAUUGAGCUCUUAAAAAGCUGCAGUGACCAAAAGCCUCCUGCACAAAUUACAGAGUUCUUGGAAUGGCACCAAACCACCUCAUGGUUUAUCCAGAGGAUCUGCAGCAACCUGGAUAAGGACCUUGUGAUCUCCAGGGAGGAGGAGUUAGGAGCAGUGCUGUUUCUAAAGAAUUCAAACAAUAAGGAGUUUGCUCAAUAUCUCCAGGAUCAUGUGAAAGAUCUGGCCGUUGCUCUAAGGGCUGAAUUUUCUCAAGGUUGUGAUGUUGAGAAGAAACUUAUCAAUCUGCCAUUCAAGCCGCAGGACGAGCUGUUCAAGAGGAUGUUUGGUUGUGGAAAGCAGUGUCCGUUCUGCAAGGUCCCCUGUGAGGCAGGAGGCCAGGACCACAAAGAGCACCACGCAUCAGUGCAUCGACCACAAGGGCUGGGUAGGUACAGACAUGUAAGUAACGAGAAACUAACCGAGAAUGUGUGCACCUCUAAUGUAUUCAGCGAAACCAAAUUCAGGAAUAGUGACACAAAGGGGGAGUGGCAUCCCUAUAAAGACUAUCGGAGAUUCUACCCUGACUGGAACAUUCCCCCAGAUCCCAGUAUUGAAGCCUCUGACUACUGGAAGUACGUGCUGACUAGAUUUAAUGAAGAAUUUGCAGUGGAGUAUAAUGCAAAGCCUGCUGAUGUCCCAAAAGAAUGGAGAAGCAUAACAAAAGAAAUGGCAAAGAAAAGUGUGAGUAAGUUGUUCAAUGUUAAGACAUAAGCCGUCAAACCUGCAGUUAAACAAUGCUAAUGUCAUUGAAAUGAAUGGAGCCUCUUUUGAAGUGGCACAAAGAUGCC